CUCGUUCAUUCACGGAAUACAUGUUCUCAUAAAUAAAUAAAUAAUCACAGUAUAUCAACAGGGACCUAACGUUAUACUAAUUUCUAGCCAUCAUUUAUCACCAAUUGUUUUUUUCUGUUUAUUUUCUACCUCUGGGCUGUGCUGUUCAUCAUCAUUCAAGUAUAAUAUCAGCCGUGAGGAUUUUGUCUCGAUUCCAAUAUUCUCCCAUUUUCCAGCUCAUUCCAACAAUUCCAAAAAAGUCCGAUCUCUCUUACAACAUAUCCAUCCCAUUUUUUGUCCAAUAAAACCCCAUCUCCUUCAAUCCAAACUCCUCACCUCAAGUCACAACAUUAAUUCACUCAUCCCCAAUAAACCCUCCCCAAAGUAACUUCCGCCGCCGCCCUCCGCAAUGGCAAAAGCAGCUCUCGGUCUACUUCUCACCCUCUUCCUCCUCUCCCAAACCAAUGCCCAAACAACCCCCGCGCCGGGCCCCGCCGCUGAGGACGCCGGCCCGAUCAAUGUCACCGCCAUCCUCGCGAAACCCGGCCAGUUCUCGCAGUUCAUCCGUUUCCUAAACGAGACCCAAGUCGCAACCCAAAUCAACAACCAAGUCAACAACUCCAACCAAGGGAUGACCGUCUUUGCUCCGACCGACAACGCCUUCCAGAACCUUCCCGGCGGCGCACUCAACAACCUCACCAACCAGCAGAAAGUCCUGCUCAUCUUGUACCACGUCCUCCCACAGUACUACACCUUAACCACCCUCUCCACCGCCAGCAACCCCGUCAGGACCCAGGCUUCCGACAACGACGGCAAGCCGUUCGUGCUGCUUGUCUCCGGCGAGGUGAACCAGAACCAAGUGAAUGUAACAUCUUCUGAUGGGGUUCAAACCACGAUCUACAACACGGUGAGGAAGGACUAUCCUUUGGCCAUUUUCCAAGUGGAUAAAGUUCUGUGGCCGGCGGAAUUCAACGAGUCCAAGGCGGAGGCGCCUGCUCCGGCUACCACACCAAAGGGUGGUUCGCCUAAGGGUUCUUCCAAUGGUACCGCCACCGCUGCGGCGGAGCCGGCUCCCGGGAAUGGUGCUCAGAGCGUGAAAGUUGGUUUGGGUUUGGUUUCUGGGCUUUGGGUGCUUUGCAUGGGAUUACUCUUUUAAUUAAGAUCCAUUCAAAACGUUCGUAAGGCAGUUCUGUUUCAUUGGUUGAGGUUACAUUUUGUUUUUUUUUUUUUCCUUUUCUUAAUUUGUUGUUUUCCCACAGAGUUUAUUGGAUUUUUUUUUUUUCCAUUUCUUGUACAUUGAAACUUUGUAUACUUAUUAAUUUGGUGUCCAUUUCUUUUCGUCAUCGGAAUCAUUCGGAUCAUGUAAUUAAAAUCGAUUCUCUUCUA